AUGGAAGCAGCUGACAAAAUUAAGAAAUUGAGGAAGGCAACACCUACUUUGGAACUACCCAGUGUCACACAGCUUCCAGAGAGCACCAAUUGCCUUGCAUGCUCGGAGGAUGGCAGGUACCUCUGUCUGGGUCACUGCCGAGGCUUGUCUGUGUGGUCCGCGUCUUCUUUGACCUGUGUUUCUGAGUGGCUGCAGGACAGGCUGGAAAUUACAUCUGUUCAAAUGACCAGAAUAGCUGAAAUGACCUAUCUGCUUGGUACUGUCGAUGAUAUGGGUGUUGCCAGAGUCUUUGCUCAUCACUCUGAUGUCAUCCACCUCUUUGGUGUUAUUAACAUCAUGGAAGAUGUCAACAAAAGGAGCAUUUGUUUGACGUUUGAACUACAUGAAGGGGGACAUUAUGGAGCUGCGUCAGUCAGCUGUAAUGGUGCUGCUUGGCUUGAGGUCUAUCACUUCCCAUCAGCAGCAUGGCUGGAGGAGUUAGAAAGGGCUUCAUCACAAAAACAGGACCCAAACUCAUCUGGAGAAGUGGAUGUGAAAUGGUCUCCAGUUGCAGUGAUGAUCAAAAUCAAGCCACCCAAAAUUCUAGCAGGACGGCCAUUAGAUGGUCCACCUGAAGUGUCACAGACAACAGACUAUUUGGCACACUGUGUGGCUUUGGACGUUAUCAUGAACAGCAGUCGUCAGUGGCAGAAGACGUCUUUCAAUGUGGAACCAAUGCCUGAUGUGCUGUGGCCACAUGCAAAGGAAAUCCUCUGCUCGGCUGUUAGUAGAUGCACUCGUUACAUAGCUCUUGGGCUGGAUGAUGCUCUGGUGUGUGUCUGGGACAGACUAUCUGGGGCGCCACUGGCUGUUGUCUUAGUUCCAGCAGAAAACAGUGCUUUCAUCAGGAUGCAGUUUACAGAUUACUGGUCUGUGUGUGCUGAUGAUUCCGAGAUUUUUACUGCAGAAAAAGUCCAUCUUUUGUUGUUGUGUAAAAGCGGAGAAAUUCACACCGUGACCACAGGACGAGGGACACAGUCCUGCACAACGCAGCUCACUGAAAGGCCAGAAGACAGCAGGGACUUCCCAUCUGUCAUUACCUCAGUACCAUUUCUCCAGGGUUUGUCACUUGUGGUAAAAAGAAAUGGAAAAAUGUUCCUCCAAGAUGUUAUCAACAAAACCACUGUGUGCUUCUUGACUCCUCCCACAACCCAUCUGGUUUCGACUCCCUGCAGUCCUGUUUAUGCGCUGAACGCCAAGCUGCAAACUCUGUUCAUACGAGGUGACCAGGACACCAGCUGCAGUGCUUCUUCCGAGGACAGCAGCCAGAGUCAGCUUUUCAUCUUCCGUUUCAGAGAGUCUGGCAUCACUAAACAGUUUGUUAUUUCACACCCAGACUCUCCACAACAACAAAAAACACUGAGCUAUGACACAUUAGAAGAAACCUGCAAUGUCUACCUCCAGCAAAGAGCUCUGUCUGUGGCUGAAAGGACCAGAGAUAUAAUGAAGACAUGGGAGCGGCUACAGGAAACUGCAGUGACAUUACAACAAAGACAGUAGAGCUGCAGCCAGCUGAAGAACUGCAACAAAUCAUCUAGGUACUACUGAGAUACUACAAACCUGUCUGGAUUCCGACCUGCUUCACUGCAUGAAUCUCCUUGACACACAGUGCUAAUUCACAAACAGAUAUCAUUUUUGCCAUUUGAAAUAUUUGCAAGCAGUGUAGAAUAUGGA